AUGGCCGAAUCGCCUGACGGCUACCGUGACCGAAGGCGGCAUCGCUCGCCGCGCGAUUCCCCUGGUCCCUCACACGAUCGCGACCGACGGAAGCGUGGUGACGAUGAUCACGAAAGCAGCUCACGACGUCGUGACGACCAUCGAAGCUCGCGCCGGGAUAGCUCGCGCAGAAGAUCCUCCCGCAGUCCAUCUAGCCGAAGCACCCACCAUAGAGAUUCCGAUCGCCGUCGUCGAGAGCGUCGGGAUCGCGACAGGAGUCCGGACGACGACCGGAGAAGACGCCGCCAUCGUUCUCCCGACGAACGGCGGUCUCACCGACGCCACCGGGACCGAGAUGCAGACGACGAGAAGGAGAGACCCUCUCGACGACAUCGAAGUACCUCCCGCUCCCGCUCCCCGGCCCGACGCUCGCGAAGUCCCCCGUCGCGCGAAGUGAAACGGUCUCGAGGACCCCUUCCGUCCCAGAACGACGCAUACAAAUCGGAGGUGUCGCAACCGGGGGAUUCGUCGGCUCCUCCGCCGGAGAAAGAGAAACCAAACUUUGGCAAUACGGGCCGCUUGGCGGCGGAGAGCAACACUGUGGCGGUCAACGGAGAGUCAGUCGUUCUCAAGUAUCACGAACCUCCCGAGGCGCGCAAGCCGCCCGGCAAAGAACCCUGGCGUCUCUACGUUUUCAAGGGCGAGGAUGUGCUGGAAGUGGUCGAGCUGAAUGAGCGCAGCUGCUGGCUCAUCGGACGAGAGCGGCUGGUGGUGGAUUUCCCGCUGGAUCACCCGAGUUGCUCCAAGCAGCAUGCCGCUUUGCAGUUCCGGUUUGUCGAUAAGCGGAACGAAUUCGGGGAUCGCAUCGGAAAAGUCAAGCCCUAUCUCAUCGAUUUGGAGAGUGCCAACGGGUCAAGCGUGAAUGGAGAGUCCAUUCCAGGCGGACGAUACGUGGAAGUGAGAGACAAGGACGUGCUGAAGUUCGGCCUGAGCAGUCGAGAAUACGUCCUCAUGCUUCCACCACCAGCAUGA